CGGGCCGGGGGCGGAGCGCGGGCGGCCGGCGGCUCCGGCUCGGCUCCCGGCGCCCGGCUCCCGGCUCCCGCUCCGGGCCCCGCACCUGUGACCGUCGGCCGCGCUUGCCCUCCGCGCCCGGCGCCCGCAGCCCCAUGGCUCCGUCCCGCCUGCAGCUCGGCCUCCGCGCCGCCUACUCGGGCCUCAGCUCCGUGGCCGGCUUCUCCAUCUUCCUCGUCUGGACCGUGGUCUACAGACAGCCGGGGACCGCGGCCAUGGGGGGUCUCGCAGGUGUGCUGGCGCUGUGGGUCCUGGUGACGCACGUGAUGUACAUGCAGGAUUACUGGAGGACGUGGCUCAAGGGGCUGCGCGGCUUCUUCUUCGUGGGCGUCCUCUUCUCAGCCGUCUCCGUCGCCACUUUCUGCACCUUCCUGGUGCUGGCCAUCACCGGACAUCAGAGCCUCACAGACCCCAACAGCUACUACCUCUCCGCUGUCUGGAGCUUCAUUUCCUUCAAGUGGGCCUUCCUGCUCAGCCUCUAUGCCCACCGCUACCGGGCUGACUUUGCCGACAUCAGCAUCCUCAGCGAUUUCUGACCCAAGGGAUGAGGUCUCUGCACCCUGGCGGUCCUUAGGACCUGGACUCAGCCUCUGAGACAUCGGGUGGGCCUGUACACCCCCUGGGAAACCCAGAACCGAGGCAGAAAAUAUACAGCAAGAAGACGGUGGCCUCCCUGGGAGCUGUCCUGUCCCCUUUGGGGGAGCCCUGGGUGCCGUGGAAAGGGGUCCUGCCAUGUUGCUCAUCAGCCUGACUGGAGAGCAGCUUUAGACCUUUUCAAGUGGAUCUAUUUUCUUAGCACUCAGUGGGCAAUCUUUGUAAGUAGGACCAGGGCAAUACUCAAGGGGUAGGGCAGUGGGGCCUUGACCUGUGCCUGGGGACAGGGGGCAGGAGUCCCUGCUGCCCUAAGCACUCUCCCUCAGGUGGGGUGGGACCCUGGGGAGGUCAGGUCAGGUCAGGAAUCUCUAGUAAAGACUUCUCAACCCCCUACCCCAGCACCCCCAUCCUGUUGUCCCCCAAGAGUCACUGGUCCCAGGGAUGGUGACAUCAGGUUCUAUCUUCCCUAGGCCUGGGGACUUGAGGGGAGUUCAGUGUCCCUCUUCCCACCCUGCUCCGCACAGAGCUGGUUGCCAUGAGUGUGCUAGAGACAUCCUCCCCUUCACCACACACCCCAGAGCAGGACACCCCAAAUGAGGCCAGACUAAGGUUCUUGGGGAAGGUGCUCCUGCCCCUCGAAGGGCUUUGGGGAAGGGGGCAGCACAGGGUGGGCUGGAAGGAACCCUCAAACCUGCGCCAGGCACCUCCAGCCCGACGUUCCCACUUGGCCUGCUCACACCUGCCCCUCAUGGUGUCCAGAUCGCCCCUGGCCCCGAGACGCCUCCCCCGCUCCCACCCCUGCCCACUGCCCCUCACCUAAAGCUUUUAUCUUUUACAAUCUCCCUUCUGAAGGACAAUACCUGCUUAACUGCCUAUACACUGGCCCAAGGGCUCACCUAACUUGGGAGGGAAGGGGCUACAUCUCUUUUUAUCUUUGGUUGCCAUUUUGCACGGUCUACCCCUUUCCCACCUGAUGUGUCCUGUCCCUCAGCUCUUUGCCUUAUCUGUGUCACUGUCACUUUAGCAGAAAUACAGCAGCCAUUUGUAUCA